AUGAACUUGAACACUGAAAACAAACGCUUUAACCAAAAUGAUAAACCAGACACAUUUCAACUGUUAGCGAGCUAUCUAUAUUCAUGUGAAACAAUAUAUCAAUAUAUCUAUCUAUUUUAUCUAUUUUCAUGUGAAACUAUCUAUAUUCAUGUGAAACUGUCUCUAUCUUCAUGUGAAUCUAUCUAUCUAUCUAUCUAUCUAUCUAUCUAUCUAUCUAUGAAUCAAUCAAUUUAUAAAUCAAUGUAUCUAUCUAUUUUUCUGUCUUCAGGUGAAAAAUGUAUCUAUCUAUCUAUCUAUCUAUCUAUCAGUCUGUUCAAAUUAUCUAUCUAUCUUCAGGUGAAACUAUCUAUCUAUCUAUCUAUCUAUCUAUCUAUCUUCAUAGGAAUAUAUAUUCUACAGGAACCCUCUAUUUAUACUCAUGUGUAUCUAUCUAUCUAUAAAAAGAAUACCCGCUCGGCCCGGGUGUGGUUCAUAAUCUAUCUAUCUAUCUAUCUAUCUUCAUAG